AUGUAUCUCCGUAAAUCUCCGACAACCAUUCCAUUUACCAUGAAUCAGAAAGUUGAUCCGAAGCAGCAGUGCAUGGGUCACACUUGUGUGACAACCAAAUGCAAUCCGGGACAAUGCCAAUGCCAAGGAUGCGGUACGUGCACGAAAUGCAAGCAAAAUAUCGAGGAGACCGAAGUUUCGGAAGACGGCCCUCCGCCUGUGUACAGCAAGAAACCAAACUGCGGCAAGGAGCGGUGCAGAUGCUGCCCCAAAUGUCCUUCAGGCAGGGACAACAUCACCCUUAGAGACAAAAUGAGCAAAGAUAAGGACAGGGAUAGGGACAGAGAUAGGGAAAGAGCGAGACCCCAUGUUGAGAAGCAAUGAAGAUAAUGUGCACAAUUGAAGAGAAUUGCCGUAACAUUUUUAUUUUCCUUCAUUGUCAGGAUGAAACAUAGCGAGCGAAUCUUGAAAUUUCGUGCUAAUUUUUGAAGAAUUAGAGUGCGUUGUCUGCUCGUGAAAAUUUGAUAUCCUGGAAGAUGCGGAAUUACGCGAAAAUUCUUUCGAAAAUGUUUCAUUACUAAAUAUGUUGCAUUCGAGAUGUCUCCAAGCUAUGCUAGUACUUACGACUUAGUUUAUUUUCAAGGGAUAUAUAAUUUUGCAAAUGAUCCUGUCUAGGUUGCUGCUUUGUGAUAUUAUUUAUUAUUUUUCUAAUUUCAUUUAGUAAAAUUUAUAUAUCAUUUUGCUAAACUGUUGGUGUCUAGCGUAUUUACGACAGCUUGAAUGCGUUGAAUGGCACAUGUACCGCGUAAAUAUAUCAACUAAUAAAGUUUCAUAGGC